AUGGUGCUAAGAUAUGUCGCUGAUGGCACACACUCAGAUGUCCCAGCAGGAAUUUAUGAACAUUUUAUAAAGUUUAUUAUAGUUGAGAGCAGCACUGGUGAAAAUUUAUUUAACACUCUUGUGAAAGAAAUUGAAAUGCUAGAACUAGAUGUUGAAAACAUCAGAGGACAAGGGUAUGACAAUAGAGCUAAUAUGAAAGGGCACAAUUCUGGAGUGCUAGCACGACUUUUGGAAAGAAAUUCACGAGCUUUCUAUACUCCUUGUGUGUGCCAUAAUUAUAAUCUUGUUCUAGGAGAUAUGGCUAAAACGUGUUCAGAUGCCAUGACAUUUUUUGGAACCCUGCAGCGUAUUUACACCCUUUUUGCUUCAUCUACAAAAAGAUGGACUGUUUUUAAAAAGCAUGUGAAAGGCCUGUCUGUUAAACCAUUAUCAGAAACAAGAUGGGAAUGUAGAAUGGAAAGUGUUAAAGCUGUACGAUUUCAAGCCGCAGAAGUGUGUGAUGCUUUAGAAGAACUAGCAAAAAGCACAAAUGAUGCUCAAGGGAAAAGUGAGGCUGAAUCAUUAGUAAACCAAAUGACAAAUUAUAGGUUUCUGGUUGCACUAUGUUUUUGGCACUCUUUAUUGUUUCAAGUAAAUUUUACUAGCAAGGAACUUCAAAGCAAUACCAUAGACAUUGCCGCGGGGCUGACAUCUUUUAAAAAAUUGUUUGAUUACCAAGAGACAGGCUUUGUAGCUGCAUUGAUUGAUGCCAAAGAGCUUGCAAAUGAGUUAGAAGUUGAACCCAUAUUUCAACAGAAGCGCUGUUACAAGAAAAAGAAAAUGUUUCUUUAUGAAUCUUCUGACGAACCAAUUUUAGAACCCAAGACAGAAUUCCGGGUAAAUUUUUUCAAUCAAGUUGUAGACAAAGCAUUGCAAUCUCUUCAACCACGGUUUAUGCAGCUGAAAGAACACCAUAAACUUUUUGGAUUUCUAUAUAAUUUUCAGAAUAUGUCUAAAGAAGAUCUCAGAAAACAUUCAGCCGACCUAGAAAUUGCUUUGACAGACAUUACAAAAGAUAUAGAAGGGUUCAUGCUUUCUAAAGAAAUGGAGGCAAUUAAGCCAAAACUGCCCGUUCAACCCAAAGAACUCUUUAAAUAUUUGGCUUGUAAUGGUAGGUCGACUGCAUUUCCAAAUUUGUUCAUAGCCCUAAAAAUACAGAUGACAAUUCCAGUUACAGUCGCUUCCGGUGAAAGAAGUUUUUCAAAACUAAAAUUAAUUAAAACCUACCUUAGGUCAGUAAUUAACCAAGAACGACUAAACAAUUUGGCACUAAUAUCAAUUGAAUCUCCUAUAAGUAGAGAAAUUAUUUAUGAAAAAAUUCUAAAAGAUUUCGCAAGCAAAAAAGCAAGAAAGAUCCACUUUGACUUAUAG